GCUGCGGUUGGUGGCGCCGUCCCGGGUGGGCACCUGAGGAACUCUUCGGCCGCCUCGCCGCGUAGCCAGGAGAUGAGGCUCCGGCUGGGCAGUGCGCUGACCUUGGUGUGCCUGAGCGCGGUCUUCUCCUUUACUUGGUACGCAGCCCGGAGCGGGAACGAAGGAACUGGUUUAGAUGUGUACCAAAGUCAGUUUUUGGAACUUCACCAAAGACUCUUGUUUGCUGAAAAAGAAAAUAAAAAAAGAUCCCAUGAGCUGAACGAUGUUUUGAAUGAAAUCAAGAGAGUAGUUGGUGAGCGGAACAACAUUUCUACAAAUGUUACAGGCUCAGCAAAGUGGAAAAUGUUGAGUGUCACCAACAGACUCCCAGUACAUCUUACAAAUAUUCAGUACUAUCUACCUCAUCUCCAAGAGCAUGAAGAUGGCAUUUACCCAAAUGUUGUAAUUGGACAAGGAAGAACAGGAGUGUCCCUGGUAAUGGGUGUUCCCACUGUGCGAAGAGAAAAACAAACCUAUUUGAUGAGCACACUGAAUUCCCUUUUCUAUGAGAUGUCAGCAAAACAGAAGAAUGAUUGUGUGAUAGUUAUCUUUGUUGCAGAGGUGGAUACAGAAUAUGUUAACAGCAUUGCAGAAAACAUUAGAAGCAGCUUCCCAAAUGAAGUUCUUUCUGGAGCCCUGGAGGUUAUUUCUCCUCCUGCUUCCUAUUAUCCCCAGUUCUCCAACCUGAAGGAAACAUUUGGAGACUCAAAGGACAGAGUAAGGUGGAGAACAAAACAGAAUUUGGAUUAUAGCUUCUUAAUGCUGUAUGCCCAACCAAAGGGAACAUUUUAUUUACAGCUAGAAGAUGAUAUUAUAGCUAAGCCUGAUUAUAUACGGAUAAUAAAGGAUUUUGCCGAACAACAGUCAUCAAAUGAUUGGAUGAUCCUUGAAUUUUCUCAGCUUGGAUUUAUUGGAAAAUUAUUCAGAUCCAGAGACUUACCACUUAUAGUAGAAUUUUUUUUAAUGUUCUACAAAGAUAAGCCAAUUGAUUGGCUUCUGGACCACUUACUUUGGGUUAAAGUUUGCAAUCCAGAAAGAGACGCAAAACACUGUGAAAGGCAAAAGGCCUAUCUGCGUAUCAGUUAUAAGCCAUCACUUUUUCAGCAUGUGGGCAUUCAUUCAUCUUUAGCUGGAAAAAUACAGAAUUUGAAAGAUAGAGAUUUUGGGAAAAACCAGUUAUUUAAAGCACAUGACAACCCUCCUGCUGAAGUUAGUACAAGUUUAAAAGUAUUCCAGCACUUUACAUUAGAAAAGGCUUAUAAAGGAAUGGAAUGUUUCUGGGCUUUUGCUCCUAUGGCUGGAGAUUACAUCCUGUUCAGCUUUUUUCAGCCACUGAAAAUUGAAAAGUACUUAUUUAAAAGUGGAAAUGUAGAACAUCCUGGAGACAAGCUAUUUAAUACCACUGUAGAAGUUCUUCCUGCUGAUGAAACAGAUUUACAACUUGCAAAAGACAACACAAAUUUUUUUAAAAGAACAGAGGAUGGAUAUUUACAAAUAGGUGCCUUUGAAAAUGGAAUUGCAGAUGGCGUCAUCAGCCCAUCUAUAGGAAAAAUACAUGCUGUUCGUUUAUCUAUCCAUUAUAGUUCUCCUAUGUGGCUCUUACUCAGUGAAAUAUUUUUACAGACAUGACAAGACGGUUCUUCAAGCCUCUGAAAAGUUUGAAGUCUGCAUGGAAAUAAGGCCAUCUAGUGGCAGCAACAAAUGUUCAACAGAUUAAAACCUAAUCUUCCUAAUACUAUGUAGUAGGAGAGGGGGAAAAUGUACAUUAUGUAUAUACAAUAUCUCUUUUAUUACAUAUUUUAAAUAAUUAUAAUAUAUUGCCAACAAGCCCUUUUCAAAUAAAAAUACUUUGAAUAGUUUGAAUAAA